UUGCUGGUGAAGAACGAGCCCCUGGAGAGGACGAGUUCGAUGAAGAAAGCUGCCUGACAUCAGACUGCGAUAUUGAUCCGUCGCUGGACGAAGUAAAAAUCGAGGUGGUCGAAAACGGUUUGCCAGAAGAUGGAAAUGAUAUUCCCAGUGAGCCCAGUGUGGAUGAUAGUAACUUGCAUAAAUGCUAUGCCUGCCUAGAGAUUUUCGAAUGGAAGUUUCAACUAAAAGAGCACCUGCAAACCCACACAGAAGAGUCGCCCUUCCGUUGCGCACACUGCUCAAGGGUUUUCAAAUACAAUGUAGGGCUUAAGAAGCAUUUGAAAAAUCACAAUUCCGAAGGACAGCACAAGUGUUUGUUCUGCGACGUUACUUUUCUUAGUAAAGGGCAACGUGCAACACACAUGUAUACACACACCUUGGGAAAAAAGUGUCCCUACUGCCCAAAAAUUUUUCAUAAAAAUCAGGGAGUUAUGAAACAUAUUAAAUUUCAUUUGGCCGGUAGGUCUACCGAGUGUUCGUAUUGUGGCAAGACUUUUAAACAAGUCGCACAAUUAAAUCUUCACUUGCGAAAACACACAGGAUAUCGGCCGUCCAAAUGCCCAAAUUGCCCAGCUAGUUUUACGGAUACUUCAGCUCUUAAUAGACAUCUAAUUAGCCACCAGGUUUUACGUCCGUUCAAGUGUUCUCAUACAGACUGCUCCGCGGCUUUCAAAUCGAACCGAAAUCUUCAGGACCACCUGCAGACGCACUCAGGAGAACGAGCAGCCAAGUGUCCCCAAUGCCCAAAGACGUUCAUCCAACACAAAAAUCUUCAGAGACACCUAAAAACCCACUUUGAAGAUCGGCCCUAUAAGUGCUCCCACUGCCCAAAGGCCUACACCCAGAAUACAAAUCUUCAGAUUCACCUGCGAAAGCAUACAGGUGAACGACCGUUCAAGUGUUCCCACUGCUCAGAAUGCUUUAUGAGUAGACAAGAGCUAAGGAUACAUUUGAAGAAGCACGUAUCAGAAAGCUGACCUUAAUUUAGACGUAAGCCGAUGUAAUAAGAAUAUUGUGUGCAUUUUUCAGUCAAUGUAUAUGUUUAUUUGUAAAUAUGAAAAUAUAGUCCUUAGGGAAAUCAUAAAACUAAAGAAUUUAUUUAUAGAAAAACCAAUCAUUACUAAUAUUAGAUUGAAAGCCCCGUAUUGAUGAUAUUGAAAAUAAAUGUCCCUAAUUCAGUUUGCAGAAAAAA